CCAGCACAACAGAUCAUGUACCGCACCAAGAAUGUGCUCCAUUGCAGCUUCAACGGGAGCGACCCCGUCGGGCAGGUCGUGCCGGUGACCAUCUUCAUAUCUUCAGAGGCCGACUUGGAAUGGUUCAAUGUCACAGCGCCAGACCCAACGUACUUGGAGCAGAUUGUGGAUCUGUUGCAAGGCCCUGACGAGUGGCCGGCACUGCUGGCCCAAGUCCUCGCGUUGGAUCAACCCCCGACAAAGAAGGCCGAUGUGAGCGCUCGUACAGAACACGUACUCCCCCACAUCAAGUUCACAUACGAAGUGCGUCGCAACGCGCGAGGCUACAACAUGUUACUGUCGCGCUCGAAGACGUGCUUUGCUCCGCGACCCAUGGCAUCCUUUGAGGUGGUCGUGUGGUGCGUUCCAAAGCGUAGCAGCGUCUCGGCACAUCCUAUUGCCAGUGCCAAGCUACCCACUCCUCCUUCACUCUCCAACUUAAUCUCCAUCGACAACGAUUAA